AGUUCUUCCCGCCCACUACCCCCGCCCGUGACGUGGCGUCAGCCAGCCGGCGCUGAGCUGUACUUCCGGUCAGUGACGUCAUCGGGUGACGUGCACCUUCGGGUUGUUGGUGUCGGGCAGCGUCAGAAUUCUUCAGUGAGCAUGGCAUCAUAUCUAGAAUUUAUUCAACAAAAUGAAGAACGAGAUGGCAUUCGGUUCAGCUGGAAUGUGUGGCCAUCCAGUCGACUAGAGGCUACACGUAUGGUGGUUCCUUUAGCUUGUCUGUUCACUCCUUUAAAAGAGCGCCCAGAUCUACCACCUAUACAGUAUGAACCUGUGCUGUGCAGUAGGGCUACCUGCAGGGCUGUCCUUAAUCCACUAUGUCAAGUGGACUAUCGAGCAAAACUCUGGGCGUGCAAUUUUUGUUUCCAGAGGAAUCAGUUCUCACCUUCUUACUCGGGCAUUUCUGAAGUGAAUCAGCCAGCUGAAUUACUGCCACAGUUUUCAACUAUUGAAUAUGUUGUCCAGCGAGGUUCACCUGCUCCUCUCAUCUUCUUGUAUGUGGUGGACACAUGCUUGGAAGAAGAUGAUCUUCAAGCCCUCAAAGAAUCCCUGCAGAUGUCUUUGAGUCUGCUCCCUCCAAAUGCAUUAGUGGGUCUGAUUACUUUCGGUCGAAUGGUGCAGGUUCAUGAAUUGAACUGUGAGGGGAUUUCAAAAAGCUACGUCUUCAGAGGCACGAAGGACCUGACAGCAAAACAAAUCCAGGAUAUGUUGGGUCUUGCAAAGCCACCAGCAGCAGUUCAAGGAAGGGCCCCUCAAUCACAUGAGCACCCUGGUUUAUCAAGCAGAUUCUUGCAGCCUGUUCAUAAAAUUGAUAUGAAUUUGACUGAUCUACUUGGAGAACUUCAGAGGGAUCCCUGGCCUGUACCUCAGGGCAAAAGACCUUUGCGUUCAACUGGUGUGGCUCUUUCCAUAGCUGUUGGUUUGCUUGAGGGUAGUUUUCCAAAUACUGGAGCCAGAAUAAUGUUGUUUACUGGAGGACCACCAACCCAGGGACCAGGCAUGGUGGUGGGUGAUGAACUGAAAACCCCCAUUCGUUCCUGGCAUGAUAUAGAGAAGGACAAUGCACGGUUCCUGAAGAAAGCAACCAAGCAUUAUGAGGCUCUGGCAAACCGUGCAGCAGCAAAUGGCCAUUGUGUUGACAUCUACGCUUGCUCUCUGGAUCAGACUGGACUUUUGGAGUUGAAAUGCUGCUGCAACCUGACUGGAGGUUAUAUUGUGAUGGCAGACUCUUUCAACACUUCCCUCUUCAAGCAAACAUUCCAACGAGUUUUCACUAAAGGUCUGCAGGGAGAUUUCAGAAUGGCAUUUGGUGCUAGUUUGGAGGUUAAGACAACCAGAGAACUGAAAAUUGCUGGAGCAAUAGGUACCUGUGUGUCACUGAACUCCAAAGGCCCUUCUGUGUCUGAGAAUGAGUUGGGUCUAGGUGGUACAUGCCAGUGGAAAAUUUGCGGCUUGGAUCCCAGCACAACCUUGGGUAUCUACUUUGAAGUUGUUAAUCAGCAUAAUGCACCAAUCCCUCAGGGCGGACGAGGUGCUAUUCAGUUUGUCACCCAUUACCAGCAUUCCAGCAGUCAAAGACGCAUCCGAGUUACUACAGUAGCCAGAAACUGGGCAGAUGCACAGAGUCAACUCCAGCACAUUGAAGCAGCAUUUGACCAGGAAGCAUCAGCUGUGCUGAUGGCAAGACUGGGAGUUUUCAGGGCUGAGUCUGAGGAGGGACCGGAUGUACUUCGUUGGUUGGACAGACAAUUGAUCCGACUGUGUCAGAAGUUUGGCCAGUUCCACAAAGAUGAUCCUAACUCUUUCAGGCUCUCUGAAACAUUUUCCCUCUAUCCACAGUUCAUGUUCCACCUGAGAAGAUCCCCAUUCCUUCAAGUUUUCAACAAUAGUCCUGAUGAAUCAUCAUACUACCGCCAUCAUUUCAUGAGACAAGACCUGACUCAGUCACUGAUCAUGAUUCAGCCUGUUCUCUAUUCUUAUUCUUUCUAUGGGCCCCCUGAGCCAGUCCUAUUAGACAGUGGCAGUAUCUUACCAGACCGAAUCCUCCUCAUGGACACUUUUUUCCAGAUUGUUAUCUACCACGGGGAGACUAUAUCACAGUGGAGGAAGGCUGGUUACCAGGACAUGCAAGAAUAUGAAAACUUCAAACAGCUCCUGCAAGCUCCACUGGAUGAUGCACAGGAAAUCCUUCAGACCCGGUUUCCAAUGCCACGUUAUGUUGACACAGAACACGGAGGGAGUCAGGCUCGAUUCCUUCUCUCAAAAGUGAACCCAUCACAGACUCAUAAUAAUUUGUAUGCUUGGGGACAGGAAUCUGGUGCACCAAUCCUGACUGAUGACGUUAGUCUUCAAGUCUUUAUGGACCAUUUAAAAAAGCUAGCAGUAUCUAGCGCAUCAUAGAUCAAUCUGAUGUAGAAGAGCACAAGAAAAUAUUGGAAAAUAGAUUUUGCUUAGAUUCUUUAUUUUGAAUUAUGACUGUCUUGCAUUAAUAUUGCACCUUGCCUAUAUGUGGAGGUCCUGAUUUGAUUUUGUUUAAUUUUUAGGUAUUACUUAUUUCCAAACCUGCUGCAUUCCUAUUGAAGAAAAAUUGUUUAUUUCUGACAAUCUGUUAGCUUUAAUUUAUCAAUUAAUGUCUUUUAUAUACAAGUUCAAUAGCUAAUAAUAAAUAAACUUAAAUGCAUUGACUGCUUAUGUUUGUAACUUCAAAACUUAUUUACACAUCUUUUUCUUUCGCCUGCUUUGAAAGGAAAUAACCUUAAACUGUAUGACAAAAUAAUACAAGAUCUUUUAUAGCAAAACUAUGCAAGAUAAAGUUUCUGAUAUUUGUGAUUACUUGUCUUUAUUUAGUUUACUUAAACACAUCAUCUCCACAGAGAUGAGAAUUUCUUUGAGUACAGUUUUCUACAAGUUAGAUUUAAAUGCACCAACUGCUGAAAUCUGUGGAAAUUUUUUUUUUAAAUAUGACCAUUCUGAUAUGUGUCCCCAGGUUAUGACAGUUUUUUUUUCCAUUCCUGAGAACUUUCAAAACGUUUGUAAGUUACAAAUGAACAACAGCAGUGUGUGGGAGAGGAUUACAGAAACAGGUGUGAUGGAGUAGCAAGAACAGCAGCUGCUGAGUGAGUGAGAGAGUCUGAACAGCAGUCCCGGCUCUGCUCAGUUCCAUCCAGCUCCUGAUUUCUGCAGCUCAGAACAGAGAAGGCAUAUGGAAAGACCCCAAUCCCUGAAUGCAGAAGACGUCUGCAGCAGCUGGCAAAUCCACCACCAUCCAUCCCACCAGUCUCCUAAACGCUUGUUCAUAUGUACAGACUGCCCAUAAGCCAAAUGUUCAUAACCUAAGGUGGACCUGUAAAGAGUUUGAUUUCUACUUUCUUGAAUCCUUAUGUAAAGUUAAAUAUUUUCAUUCGGCUCAAAUCUGACUGCAACAAAUAAGUUGUGGUGAAUAUAGUGUACAUUUCUAAUAUUUGUGCCAUUAUUUAUAGAAUAGUGAUUUCCAGAAGUGUUGACCUAUCCAUGCCUUAUUCCACAAGAAAAUGGAAGUGACAGUUCCAGUUCCAUACUUAAUCUCAUACAUAGGUUCUACAAUCUAUUGUGUAAUAUUAUGACAAUUUUAUUAUUUUUGAGUAUCAUGCAUGGACCCAAAAUGGAAUUUUAUUUCUAAUGUACCAUUUUGACAUUAUCUAUACUUCAUUAAUCUUAAUAUCCAAUGCAUCUUUAUAGAGCCAGUCUUAAAAACAUAACUACCAAGAGCGCCAAACAAAUUAUUGGAUGAUAUAUUGAGAACUACGUUUGAAGUUCAGAUUGGGUUAUCAUUGUUGCACAGUAUAAACUGUGGUGAAGUACAUCACAUGCAAAGCUCCAGAAUAGGAUGAUGGAGAAAAUGAAGAUAGCCAAAAGGUUAUCUUAAUGAACACAAUGAGGAGUGAACAAAGGCAAUGUACUGGAAAUGCAGCAAAAGUGGCUUUGAAGUAAAACAAAAUUAUGGUGUUGAAAAAAAAUUUACGACUUGAUAAUGUGAUAAAUCAGAACAUACAAGAAAUAAUAAUAAACUGCUUGACGGGCCCAAUUGAUACAAGAUUCUGCUUCUUUUAAUUUCCAAGGCAGAACUGAGAAAUAAAAGAUAGUUCAAAUGAAUAAAUGUCAAUUGAAUUUAUUGCUUAGAUCGAUGUAAUUAUCUUAAUUUUAGAUUUUUGCCCCUUUAGUCAGUUGUGUCCUAAUUAACUAGGCCACAGUAAAACAAUCCUUGAGUUCCAAGUGACCAGACAAGGCCUGGUGAGAUAUGGAAUUUCGCAUUUGUAUCAUUUUUAACACAGUAAGUAAGAUGGAACAUUUGUUAUCAUAUCUGAAAUAAAAUUCAAAUAGAACAAUCCCAUAUCAUGUUUUGUACUAUUUGUAAUAGAUUUCAAUAUUAUUUUAUGAAGAUCAGUCACCAACCUUCUUCCUUAAAAUAAUGCUGGACAAUCCAUAAUGUGAAUAUCAAUGAAAAGUAAUUAUAGUCUUCAUUUUUUACAUUUAUCAAAGUACAUAUAUAUCAGGAUAGAAUAAAUGUAGCAC